CCAUUAUUUCAUAUUCUCAUUCUUGUAAACAUGUAUGGUGAUGCAAUUUCUAGAGAUAUGAAUUCAGUCUUGCAUUCUAACACGUUAAAACAUCCUCCACAUGGAGAGUUUGCCAAGAUUAAACAACUUAUUUCCUUAGAUCCUUAUCCAGACUAUGAUUAUCAGAAUCAAACUCAAAAUCAACAUGAAUCGGAUGAGAAUUAUGGACAAACUCAAAGCUCGUUUUUCUCGAAUUUACUUAGAGAAAACGGAGACAACGAGGAAAGGUUUUUAACGAGGCAGCAACUCAAGGAAGAGAAGAAAUAUAUGGUUGUGAAACGGGAACGAGAAGCGGGUGCAAAUCAGAAUCUGGUGAGGCAGAAUAGCACUCCUGCUGGAUUUAUAUCGGCCUUGACUGCUGAAAAUGGUAUUGGUAGCAUGAAAAAAGGCAUUCCACCAAGUACAUUGAAUAACCAUAUCAGUUUCUCAUCAGGGCCAUCUUCUUCUACAUCAAGAUUGAUGCCCCAAAUAGCCGGAAACAAGAAUAAUGUGUUGAAGAGGAGCAUAGAUGGUGUUUUGAAGAUGCCACAGAAUGUAGAGACCAGAAACCAUACUCCUAAUUUGGUUCACCAUAUGAGCUUGCCAAACACUUCAUCCGAGAUGGCGGUUGUUGACAAUUUCCUACACUUCCAACAAGAAUCCACGGUUCCUUGGAGAACACGCGCCAAAAGAGGAUUUGCUACGCACCCACGAAGCAUUGCAGAGAGGGUGAGAAGAACUCGAAUCAGUGAAAGAAUCAAAAGGUUGCAAGACCUUUUCCCUGAUAUAGACAAGCAUAGUAAUACAGCAGAUAUGUUAGAUAUGGCUGUUGAGUACAUCAAAAACCUUCAAAAGGAACUUCAGACUCUGAAUGAUGCAAGAGCAAGGUGCCAGUGUUCAAGCAAACAGUUACGGUCCAUGUAAACCGCUUACUUUCUGUGUUCGACCUCUAAAAGCAUACGGGUCAAAUACUUGAAUUUUGUAAAAUGUAAAUUAUUUAGACAAAAGAGUUGUCCUUUGAAUUUGUGAGGAAGCUUAUCUGCCAUAGAGUUUGCUUUCAUUUCCCUUUA